AUGGAGAAAAUACUUGCCUUGCGGAUUUUUAAGACAAUUAUGGGGAUUCUUGGAAUCCUGGGCAAUGGUCUCAUCUGUGCUGUCAUCGGUAAAGUCUCCUCGAUGCAGACUCGCACCAACGCCUUCAUCUUCCACCAAGCUGUGGUGGAUCUCCUGGGCUCGACUGUGAUUCUCCUACAGAGUGAGGUACCCAUGCCCGACCCCCUGCCGGACAAUGCUCUCGGGAGAUUCCUCUGCCACGUCUGGCUCUCCAAUUUCACGCUGUUUUUCAUCUUCGUGGUAUCGACGUUCAACCUGCUGGCGGUGACCAUGGAGCGGUACUUUGCCAUCGUCCACCCGUUCAGGUACCAGACAACCUUCCUGAAUUAUCCCCGUGCGAAAGUCGGAGCAGUCAUCGUCUCCUGCUGGCUCGUGGGGGCCGCCAUCAAGCCCUACCUCAUGACCAUUUUCCAGAUCCAAGAUGGAAGGUGCCAAUCGCUCCCUGGAUCUAAAGUCGUAGGGAUCCUGACUACAUUCUUUCAGUAUAUUCUCCCCGUCGGAGUGAUGCUCUUCGCCUACAUCCGCAUCAGUGUGGAGCUGAAGCGGAGCGCGGCCCGUGUAGGACCGGCACCGCCCGAAGCAGCUGCCGCUACCUCCGCCGAGCCAUCUCUAGAGGCGGGUAUGAUGGGGUCCCUACUCAAGGCGAGACGUAACACCUUCAAGACACUCUUGACGGUGUUCAUCACGUUCCUAGUUUGCUGGACUCCUAAUCAGGUGAUCUUUCUCACCUACAACCUUGGUUUGUAUCCGCUGCAAUUCAACGAGUGGUUUUACUUGCUGUCUGUAGCGAUGGUGGCCGCUAAUUGCUGCGUCAAUCCGUUCAUCUACGUGGCCAAGUAUCGCCAGUUUCGCAAAGGUCUGAGAGAGAUGUUUGGGCGUAAAACUAACCGGAUUGAUACAUCUACCUGGGCUACCUACUAA